AUGAAGACUGAGACUCUUCUUAAAGUACCUGCCCAUCUGUUUUAUUAUAGGCACUCUUCUCGUGUUCAAGCUGCUUUACAUUGCGUCAUCGCAUCGAGGACUGGUUGGUCUCAUGCUCCGAUUUCGGUUAUCUCAAGUGUCGCGCAGCUGCCAGCAUCUGCUUUUAAGUACGUCAUGGCGCGAAAUGAGUUGCUGCAAACGCUGGUGUCGGCAAUAAUGCUACUGAUGGUACUGGACGUAAACGCCGACCAAAACCUUCGAAAGACAACGUGUCCUAUUUGUAAUAUGGACGUUAAAGCCGAUAUCAAUGCUCCAAUAUUUGGCGAUCAGUACAUUUACGCAUGCGAGAUGGCUGGCCAUAUUGACUCACUGCAGAACGACCCAGCUUCGAAUUUGGGCCCGCCUGAGGAAGCUGACAUCACUACAGACGAGAUCUACAAGGAUGCACAAAAUAUUAAGUGCCCUGUAUGUGGUAAGGGCUACGAUCAGCUUACACAUGCAGUACCGUGGAUCUCUAAGGGUGCGCAAAAGAUUUACACGUGCUCGGAAGAACAUGCGCAGACGGUGUUCAGCGAUCCCACUAAAUUUGUAGCGGCGCAGGCCUCAUCAGACAAUUUCUGCAACGGGGCAGGCUCGGUCAUGUUUAACGGUUUCCAGCUAGCCAUUGGCGGCGAUGCAUCGUGUCUUAUGGUGCUGUUUCAACCAUGGGUAAUUUCCUCAGCUGUUAAAUAUGCGUUCGCAUUUAUAGGCGUCGUGCUGUUGGCCAUAUCACUCGAAGGCUUUGGAGAGCUGCGCGAGCUCGUUCAGACACGACUGUACCGAAACUACGGUGUUGUCUCCAGCCAGACAGACUACACUUCGAUGACUACGCCGCAUAUGAGUAGCAGUAGAGCCAUGAGCCUAGAUUUAAUUGUGUCGAAAUCUGGUCGCUUACCGGAUGCCCACUUCAGUAUUAUGCGCCGUUUGCCCCUUUGGUGCAAAGUGCUGCUAUCUGUCAUGUACAUGGUUCAUCUGUGUUUGGGCUACUGGAUCAUGCUCAUCAUCAUGACGUAUGAGACCCUCAUGUUCGUGGCUGUGAUCAUCGGUGUCGGAUUGGGUUUCGUUAUAUUCAAGGACACCGAUGCCGACGAUCUGCGCGGCAGUAUUGACCCUUGUUGCUCCACAUAA